UAAUCAUACCCUUCUCUCUCACCGUAACUUGCAACCAACGAAGACUUGUCUUUAGAUUAUUCUUUGUAACACAGCAAGCAAGAGAGAGAGAGAGAGAGAGAGAGAGAGAGAGAGAUGUUUCAAAACAUUAUCGAUGCCAUUACUGGUGACAGUGAUGGGAGUAAAAAGUUGAAGUGUAGUGAUGGUGAGUGCAAGAAAAUCAAAGGGACUGUUGUGUUGAUGAAGAAGAAUGUUUUGGGUUUCAAUGAUUUCCACGCAUCAGUUCUUGAUCGUGUUCAUGAGUUGUUAGGCCAAAGAGUCUCUCUGCAACUCAUUAGCGCUGUUAACAGUGACCGUUCAGACAAUGAUUUGAAAGGGAAGCUAGGAGAGCCUGCAUAUUUGGAAGAAUGGGUUACUGCAGUCACUCCCUUAACCGCAGGCGAGGCGGCAUUCAAAGUUACCUUUGAUUGGGAUGAGGAGAUUGGAGUUCCAGGGGCAUUCCUGAUAAGAAAUAAUCAUCUCAGUGAAUUCUACCUCAAGACUGUCACACUUGAAGGUGUUCCUGGCCAUGGCCGAGUCCACUUUGUAUGCAACUCAUGGAUUUAUCCUGCAAAACGUUACAAUAAAGAUCGUGUUUUCUUCACUAACCAGACAUUUAUGCCACACGAGACACCAACACCGCUACGUAAAUACAGGGAAGAAGAACUGGUUCAUUUGAGAGGAAAUGGAGAAGGAGAGCUUAAGGAAUGGGACCGCGUUUACGACUAUGCUUACUACAAUGAUUUGGGAGAUCCUGACAAGGGUCCGAAGUAUGUCCGCCCUGUUCUUGGAGGGUCUUCUGAGUAUCCUUAUCCCCGUAGGGGCAGAACAGGCCGAGCAGCAACAGAAUCAGAUCCCAACACAGAGAGCAGGCAGCCACUUCUGAUGAGCUUAAACAUUUAUGUUCCAAGAGAUGAACGAUUCGGUCACUUGAAGAUGGCAGACUUCCUUGCUUAUGCACUGAAAUCUAUAGCUCAAUUUGUCAAGCCUGAACUGGAAGCAUUAUGUGACAGCACCCCUAACGAGUUUGACUCCUUUGAUGAUGUAUUGAAACUCUAUGAGGGAGGCUUUGAGCUUCCUGAAGGUCCCCUUCUAGAUAAUCUUAGGAAAAACAUUCCCUUGGAGAUGCUCAAGGAAAUUUUUAGAACUGAUGGCGAAAACCUCUUCAAAUUUCCAAAGCCUCAAGUGAUUCAAGAUAAUCAUUCAGCCUGGAGGACUGAUGAAGAAUUUGGCAGAGAAAUGCUGGCAGGAGUAAACCCAGUUAUCAUUCGUCGUCUUGAGGAAUUCCCUCCCAAAAGCAAGCUAAACAGCAAGCAAUAUGGUGAUCAAAACAGCUCAAUAACAGAGGAGCACAUCAAGGACAAUCUGGAUGGACUGACCAUAGAUGAGGCAAUCAAGAACAACAGGAUGUUCAUAUUAGAUCAUCAUGAUGAAUUGAUGCCAUACCUGAGGAGGAUAAACUCUACUACCACAAAGACUUAUGCCUCAAGGACUCUACUUUUCUUGAAAGAUGAUGGAACUUUGAAGCCACUUGUAAUUGAGUUAAGCUUGCCUCAUGAUAAGGGAGAUGAAUUUGGAGCCAUUAGCAAAGUCUAUACCCCAGCUGAAGAUGGUGUUGAAGGUACCAUUUGGCAGCUGGCUAAAGCUUAUGUGGGUGUUAACGACUCUGGUUACCAUCAGCUUAUUAGCCAUUUUUUGAACACUCAUGCUGUAAGUGAACCAUUUGUGAUUGCAACAAAUAGACAACUCAGUGUGCUUCACCCGAUCUAUAAACUCUUGGAACCUCACUUCCGCGAUACAAUGAACAUAAAUGCGCUAGCUAGGCAGACACUAAUUAAUGCUGGUGGAAUCCUGGAAUCAACAGUUUAUCCUGCAAAAUAUGCCAUGGAAAUGUCAUCGGUAAUUUAUAAGAACUGGAAUUUCACUGAGCAAGCACUUCCUGAAGAUCUGAAGAAGAGAGGAGUGGCAGUUGAGGAUCCAAAGGCUCCACACGGUGUUCGCCUGCUGAUAAAAGAUUACCCAUAUGCAGUUGAUGGGCUAGAGAUAUGGUUUGCAAUCAAAGAAUGGGUGAAAGACUACUGCCUUUUCUACUACAAGGAUGAUGACAUGAUUCAAAAAGAUUCUGAACUACAAUCAUGGUGGAAGGAAGCGAGAGAGGAAGGGCAUGGUGACCUGAAGGAUGCACCCUGGUGGCCAAAGAUGAAGACUCGUGAAGAGCUAAUAGAUUCAUGUACCAUAAUCAUAUGGGUGGCAUCUGCUCUCCAUGCAGCUGUCAAUUUUGGUCAGUACCCUUAUGCAGGAUACCUUCCCAAUCGUCCAACCAUAAGCCGUAGGUUCUUGCCUGAAGAAGGCUCUCCUGAUUAUGAGGAGCUAAAGUCGAACCCUGAAAAGGCUUUCUUGAAAACAAUCACUGCCCAGUUGCAAACACUUCUUGGAAUUUCCCUCAUUGAAAUUCUGUCAAGGCAUUCCUCAGAUGAGGUGUAUCUUGGGCAGCGAGACACUCCUGAAUGGACAGCAGACAAAGAGCCAUUAGAGGCGUUUGAGAAAUUUGGAAAGAAACUGGCAGUUAUCGAGGACAGGAUGUUCGAUAUGAACAAAGAUGUGAACCUGAAGAAUCGUGUUGGCUCAGUCAAGGUGCCAUACACUCUGUUGGUUCCUACCAGUGAAGGUGGACUCACUGGAAGGGGAAUUCCUAACAGCGUUUCAAUCUAAAGCUUCUCUACAAGACUAUUUAUUGUACUUUAAUAUCAUUAAUUUCUUGAUACGAAGGUUCUUUGUAACUAAUGAGUUUAAGCAUUUUUAAUCACCAAUAUCUGUAAUUCUUGUUGUAUGCUUCAAGGCACAUAUGUCUUGAUGUAAUAAAUUUAUAAAUAAUGAUGAAAACUAGUUCUUGUUGCUGUUCUAA